UUCAUAUCUGUACAAACUUGUAUAUUGAAAGAAGACCCUGUCCUAUAUCAUCUCCUUCUUCGCCGGGUUUUUGAGACAUCUCAACACGUUGUUCAUCUUUCCCAGGCCUUACCUCGCUGAAUCUCCAAUUAAGUUGACCAAUAACCCGAGAGUGGACGGAAGCUCGCACAUAUUCGACAUCAUGGCGCAGUUAGCCUUGGACGCUGAGGUCCAGAGUCAUCUUAUGCUAGUCCCUCAGAAUAGCGUUAUCGACACUGACAGCCGUGACCAAGCGCGUUUCGAAGAGAUAAGAACGACACCGUUAUUCUCCUCUGAUGUUCAUGCGAUAAUCAAGCGACCGACUCGUGAUGUACCCUCCACAGAUGAUUCUACCGAGCAAAUACUGCCCCAAUACGCAUUGCUUGGUAUCAGAUCCGCGACAUAUGGAGGUGAAAACGACGAGGACCAUACCAACGAUCGUGAGGAGAACCUGGUGUACGCAAAUAUCAACGCCCUGUGGUCGACGUUUAUUUGCGGAAGUCAGGGCAGCGGGAAAGCCAUACACUGUCGUACAGGUGCAAUUGCUCCGCCUCUCACAGGCCUGGUUUUGCAUUACGGCAAGUUCACUGGUAUUGAGACUGGGCAGUGGUGUGAGGCUGCAUAUCUCUGUUCAUCAGGCAUUCCUGUGGACAUUCUUGUCUCUCCAAGUAACUACGUACAUAUGAAUAAGUUGUACUCGGAGCUCCCGGGACUUUCAACCUCCGCUCCGAAACCAAAUGUGUAUUCAAUGUUCUUUCGCGAAGAGCAUUUAAGCGUGGGCAUGAUGAAGAACUUCAUGGUGGUUAGUGGCGGAGAUGGCGGCACGCCGCAGCGGAACGCCAUAUGGCCAGGGGGUACCAUUGCCGCCUGA